ACACCUCUCGACCCCUCGACUGCAGCGGGCGGCCGGCACGUGGAGCGUGCGGUGCUCUAUCCACUGAUUGCGCCUCCUCGUCAGCAGCGUCGGCCUGCCGCCCCGGUAGGUGGACGCGUGCCGUUCCCCCUCGCCAGCGUUCGUAGAUUCGCCGGAGCUGCCGUCACCCCCAGAGUGGCACGACGAUGCUCAAGGGCGCGUUGCGGGCUUUCAGCGCCGCGUCCCGCAGCGGUGGCUGCAACAGCAGCAGCGGCAGCCUCCUCUUGGGGACGAUUGCACCGCGGCAGGAGUCGCGCCGCUUAUUCAGAGAAAAGAAACGCUUUUACAACGAUGUGUCGAUAACACACGGGGAAGGCGGCAUGUUUGAGGUGAACCUGGACCGCCGCAAGCUGCGCACACCGCAGGGGAAGCUGUUUGCCGUGCCCAGCGAGAGUUUGGCUGUCGCUGUGGCAACCGAGUGGGACAUGCAGAAGAACGUCAUCCAGAUGCACAGCAUGCACCUGACGACGCUGUGCAACACGGCCCUAGAUAACCCGACCCACCGAGGGCCGGAGCAGUUGGCCUCCGCCGCACUCAAAUACCUCGACACCGACACCAUCUGCUACCGCAUGGAGGAACCGCCCGCGUUGGUGAGCCUGCAGCAGGGAGAGUGGGACCCGGUGCUCUCGUGGGCCGAGGAGCGGUACGGCGUCACCAUUGGAUCCUCCACCAGCAUCAUGGGGCCAGAAAUCCCGCAGGAGACGCGCAACACGCUGAACCAGCACCUGCUGUCGUACAACGCCUGGGCCCUCAUCGGCCUGGAGUACGUAGUGAUGCAGCUGAAGUCUUUGGUCCUGACCCUGGCGCUAGUUGAUCGACACUUGAAUGUGGAGGAAGCCGUGCUGCUCUCUCGCCUGGAGGAGGAGUUCCAGAUCGCGCGCUGGGGCAACGUCGAGUGGGCCCACGACUUGGACAUCCUGCAAGUGCGGGCUCGCACGGCCGCCGGUGCCCUCUUCGUGUGCCUGAGCUGCGAGAAUGCCGUCUUCAAGCACAAGCUGCUGGCCAACGAGUCGUGACUGGGGGGCCCAAAGAAGCUUCCCCCCGUGGUGUGCAAAGCAUCGGUGUGUCGACCGUAGACUUGCAAUGAUGCAUCGAUUCACAGAUUACAAUCAGAGUCUUUACUAUAACUAUUUAAACUUUACCAGGUAAGGCCCACUGAGCUAUUAGCUCUUUCAGAAGCGACCUGGCCAUAAAUGUUAGCUCAACGAAGUGGCUUAUCGUGUGGAAAUUUAUAGCAGCCAGAGACAUAAAACGCACGUU